UUCUCAGAGACCCGCCGCCGCCCGUGACUUUGGCGCUGCAGCCAUCGCUCUUAUCCCUUUCCCGUCCUCUCCUUCUCCGUCGCCGUUCCACAGCCGCAGCACCAUCGAUAACAGCUAAGUGGUCAAUUCGGGAGACUUAGGGUUGGGAGUCGGGGCGGGCGCAAGGCGCGGGCAGCACACGCAAGCCCGCCAUCUCCUGCGGCAACUGCCACUGCUGCAGAUACCUCUGCCGGGCGGGAGAGAAGAAUACUGUCAAGAGGACCCCGCUGUCCUAGUGCCCACGGUCAGAGUUAGAGCGUUUCUGCCGAGCCUUGGUGAGAGCCUUGCCUUUGGGGAAGUGAGAAGAACGGACAGGACAGGAUCUUUCUGUUUUCGGAGAUCACGAGAAAAGAUCUCAUACUGGAUAGUGCUGACUUUUUGUCAACUUAAUCUAGUAAGUGGUAGCGUUGCUGAGUCUCCUUAAAACCCCGAGCCAUGUCGCCCCCAACAGUGCCUCCGAUGGGCGUAGAUGGUGUGUCCGCAUACCUGAUGAAGAAAAGGCACACCCACAGGAAACAGCGGCGCAAGCCCACUUUCCUCACCCGUAGGAACAUUGUGGGCUGUCGCAUUCAACACGGCUGGAAGGAAGGCAACGAGCCUGUGGAGCAGUGGAAGGGCACCGUGCUUGAGCAGGUUUCCGUGAAGCCCACUCUCUAUAUCAUCAAAUAUGAUGGCAAAGAUAGUGUGUAUGGACUAGAACUGCACCGAGAUAAGAGAGUUUUAGCGCUAGAGAUCCUUCCUGAGAGAGUGCCAACUCCUCGCAUUGAUUCGCGCCUGGCAGAUUCCCUGAUUGGCAAGGCAGUGGGUCAUGUGUUUGAGGGUGAGCACGGUGCGAAAGAUGAAUGGAAGGGCAUGGUCCUGGCGCGAGCCCCCGUGAUGGACACUUGGUUUUACAUCACCUACGAGAAAGAUCCAGUCCUUUAUAUGUACACGCUGCUGGAUGACUACAAAGCUGGUGACCUGCGCAUCAUUCCAGAUUCCAACUACUAUUUCCCUACAGCAGAACGGGAGCCUGGAGAAGUUGUCGACAGCCUUGUGGGCAAGCAGGUGGAGCACGCCAAAGAUGAUGGGUCCAAGAGAACCGGCAUUUUCAUCCAUCAAGUGGUGGCCAAGCCAUCUGUCUACUUCAUUAAGUUUGAUGAUGAUAUUCACAUUUAUGUCUAUGGUUUGGUGAAAAACCCCUAAAUUCAUUGUGCUAUUGCAAAAGUUGUGGAACUGUUAAAUGUAAAAUAUGUCGUGCGAAAUUUUGAGAACAUUUUUGAAGUCAGAGAUUAAAGAAUUUAUUAUUACUUACGGUGCCUCCAAAUCUUACAUUGACUAGUUCCACAGUUUUGUCCGAAGUAUACUUUGGUACUUUUGAUAUUGCCUUGUUCUGUAAUCAAAAUUUUAAAUCGGGUGCUAAUAGAAACUUGAAAAGUUUUUGUAAAAUUUGGAACAAUGGAAAACUAGAUAAAGAAAAAUAAAUGGUGUACACACACUAUAUCCUCCACCCUCCUCCAUUUCUUUCUUUGCCUUACCAAUUUUUUUCUCCCCAGGUAACAAGUGUUAAGAACAUAAUGUAUAUCCUUCCAUGUUUUCCCAAUCCUCUUAAAGAAAGUUUGUUGUAGUCCUUUCUACAGAAACAGCAAGCCCCAGUAUUUCUCUGUAAUUGCUUUUCUCCCUUGACAUAUCCUUCUGAUCAGUAGCUACAGAUAUCUCUCUCUCCCCCAUGCCUCCCUCUCCAUAUGGUAUAAGAUAGAUGUCCAACUAUACAUUUUAUUCACAUUGGAUAUCUGAUUGUACCAUCACAUUUAUUAAAUAAAUCACCAAUUCCCCCUCUCCCUCUAUUUCUCCUUGUCUUCCUCCCUUCUCCUAAAAGCUGCAUACACAGUACAUAUUUAUGUACCAAAAUGGUACCAUUUAUGUACCAUUCUAUUAUUGAUGGUCUUUAAGUUUUCUCUUUUUUUUUCCACCAUAGCACAGCUACAAUACAUACUGGUGCUUUUAUUUCUAUAGGGUAGCUUCCCAGAAAUGGGACUGCUAGGUAGGUGUUUAUUUAAUUUUAAGAGAUAUUACAAAAUUACCAUCUAAAAUGAAAGUGCUCAUUUUCCAGCAUCCUCUCCAGCACUCUUUAAUGUUUGCAAAUCUGAACAGUGAAAAAUUACAUAGUAUUGUUUGUUUAAUUGAAAAACUCAGUGAGGUUUUUUUUUUACCAUUUGGACUUUUUUUGUGAUUUGCCAGUGCUUAUCCUUUGCUCAUUUGUCUAUUGAAUCUUUGAUCUUUUCCUUAUAAAUCUGUAGGAAUUCUAACUAUAUUUACUAUGUGGUGUGUAUUAAUCAGUUGUAGCCCAUAUGUGUUAUGAUUUUCUCCAUUCUAUCAUUAAUCUUGACUUUGCUGAUAUCUUCUUUUUUUACUUUACAGGUUUUAAAAAAAAGUUAGAUAGAUUCCUUUCUUCUUUUUAGCUUUUCGGUUUCUUGUUUUUUUCAGCUGAAUGUCCCCACCGCUAGUCAUACAAAUAUUUACCUACAUGUUUUCUAAAAAAAUUUUUUAAUUUUAAGCUUUAACUGUUUGAUCCAUCAGGAAUUUAUUUUUCUAUAUGGAGAUAGAGGUCCAAAUAUACAUUUUGUUCAUAUUGGAUACCUGAUUAUGCUAUCACAGUUAUUAAAUAAAUCACCCAUUUUCAAGUUCCUGAGCCAGUAUCACAUUGUUUUAAUUGUACUGGCUUGACCAUAAACUUUGGACUCUGGUAAAGCAAGUCCCCUAUCAUUAGUUUUUUUGGUUUUGGUUUUGUUUUUUGUCUUUUCUUCUAUUAUGUAAUUUGUCUUUCAUUCUUUCACGUAAAAAUUGGAAGCAUCCUUUCCAUAUUUAAAAAAAUUGUGAUGCCUUAGAAUUGUAUUACAUUUCUGCAUUUCUGUUUAGAGAGGUAUUUUAAUAAUAAUAUUAAUCUUUAAUACUCGAGAAUUUUGGUACAUCAUUAAAAUCUUUUGUUUUUGUAAUGUUAUAUAGGUCCAUCACAUCUGAUUAAAUUUAUCUCUAUAUAUUUUUACAGUUUUUGUCACAUUUUGA